AUGGAAGACGAGAUCUCUCGAGAGCCCAGGCAUCUGGGCAGAGCUCUGUGCAUCAUCACAGGAGCGUCUAAAGGCUUCGGCCGGACGCUGGCGUUUCAGCUCAGCUGCCUGCUGAAGCCCAGAUCCGUCCUGAUGCUGGUCGCUCGAACCACAGAGCAGCUCAACCAGCUGAAGGAGGACAUCAUAACCCUGUACGGCGGACAGAACCAGCUGGACGUCUGCUGCGUGCAAGCCGAUCUGGAGAAGAAGGAAGGCGUGGAAAAAACGGUUCAGGCAGCUAAAGAGACUUCAGUGUCUGAAAUGGACCACUUGCUCCUGAUCAAUAACGCAGCGUCUCUGGGUGACGUGUCUCGCUUCGCUCUGACGUUCACGGAUCCGGUGGAAGUCAACCGUUAUCUGUCGCUGAACAUCAGCGGAGCGCUCAGUCUGACGGCCGGCGUCCUGCAAGCGUUUCCUCGCCAUCUGGGUCUGCGGCGUUCAGUGGUCAACAUCAGCUCUCUGUGUGCGCUGAAGCCCUUCCCGUCGUGGGUCCUGUACUGCAUCGGGAAAGCCGCCCGCGACAUGAUGUUCCGCGUGUUAGCCGAGGAGGAGCCGGAUGUAAGAGUGCUCAGUUACGCACCCGGUGAGUCCCUGGACACAGACAUGCAGCUGCAGGCGCGUCGGUCCUCCGGAGAUCUGCAGCUGCGGCGCUCCUUCUCCUCGAUGUUCUAA